CAGCGAGAAACCUUGACAACUAGAAAAUUAGGGUUUCAGGUGGCCAUGAGAGGUGGAAGGAAGAAUUUGAAGAGGGCAACAGAGGAAAAACAUGUAACCCUGCAAGAUGGGCAAAGCAUCAUGCAGGUGGUGUCUCUUCGAGGCUCCAAUCUCAUUGAGGUCAUGGAUGCCUGUGGUGAGAAAUCCUUAGCUCUAUUCCCUGCUAAAUUUCAGAAAAGCAUGUGGAUUAAACGAGGGAGCUUCGUUGUUAUUGAUGAAAGUGGAAAGGAAAAAGCCCUUGAAUCGGGUAGCAAGGUUGCUUGUCUUGUUUCUCAAGUUCUUUUCUUUGAACAAGUUCGAGCACUACAGAAAUCUCCGGAUUGGCUUGAAAAUUUUAAGUCUGCAAUGGUAGAUGAUUCAUAUGAAAGAACUACUGCCCAACAAGAGAAUGAGAUGGACGCCAGCGAUGAUGAUGGGCUACCUCCAUUGGAAGCCAAUACAAAUAGGAUGAGACCUUUUGAGUUGCAAGCUGAUGCAGAUUCAGAAUUUAGUUCAGAUACGGAUGAUUGAAUCAUAAUAUAGCUAGGCUGCCAUAUAUAUGAAUGAUUACAUUCAACUGACAAUGUAUGUGAAAGAAUGUUG